GCGGGAAGGGCCGCCCCGAUCACGGAGCCGCAGCCCCGCUGCCAUGGCAGGGACACCUCACACCAGAGCAGGGCCCAUCCGACCCGGCCUCGAGCUUCCAAAGCUGCGGCAUCCAGCCUCCCUGAACAACCUGCGCAGUGUCUCACCGCCCUCACGGGGAACAAUUUCCUCCUCCCGUCUCAUGUCUUACACCCGCAUCUCUGUCCCCUCAGCGCGGCACACAGCAACCCCUGGAAGCGGCCGCGCCCCCGGGCGCCCCGAGCCCGGAACGCAAUCGCGGGGCCGCGUUUCCAGGCGGGCCCAUCGCGCCGCGGCCCGGGCGCGGCCGCCAUGGACGAGGAGGACACGAGAGAUUUUAAUGAGCGCUGUGCCCAGUGUUCAGAAGUGAACUGGGGUCUCACUGAUGGAGGUGGAUUUUAUUGUAGAUCUUGUCACAACGUUAUUGAGAGAACUAGAGAAGUUGUAAACACUGAUUUUAUUACAAAUUCAAGAGUCCAAACAAUCUCCAAAGGUUCAAAAAAGCAGGAAAAAAGUGAGGGAGGCUGUGAAUGGUAUGUUUGCGAAGGCUUUCAGCUUGUACUCAAGAAACAGGUGGAAGCUUUAGAAGCAUUAGGAGUACAUCCACAAAUGAAGGAUGAAAUUCUGUGCAAUUUUUGGAGGUGUUACCUUCAGAAGAGCAAGCAGGCAUAUUGCAAGAGACCAGCUGCAGAAGCUGUCAAAACAUUAUCAGUAUGUGAGAGCAGUACUGAUGUGGACAGUGAUCCAGAGAGACCCAGCGUUCUGCACUUGCUGUCUCUCUCUGAAAGUGAGGGGGAUCUGCAGACCGACUGCAGCAGCUUUGCCUCAUCAGUGAGCAAGGUCUCAGAAAGCACCUCUGUGUACUCUGGAUCAGUAGAUGGCAGUUUGUAUUUAAUGAAGAACCAAAAGGAGAAACUCAGGAUGACAAUGCCAAUGACCCUUUCGUUUUGUUAUAUGGCAUUACUCUGGAUGAGAGAACCAAUUACAUUGUCUGAAUUCUUAAGGUUUGUUGUUGAAGGACAUAUUCCAUAUUUGAAUGUUUUUGAGCAUUUUCCAGAGAAGAUGAAGUUGUGUGGACUUGAUCUUAAGAUCUUUUGUGUAGAGUCGUGGCCUGUAUAUGAAGAGGUAUUCAACAAAAUGCAUGAGCUUGCAGCAUAUUUAGACCUUCCUCGUUUUCCUGAUAUAACAGAAAGCUGCUUUCUUCAUCCAGACAUGCUGUGCAUGAAGUACUUGAUGGAAGCUAAUUUACCUGAUGAAUUGCAUAAUUGGACUUGUCGAGUGGUGAAAAAGAUUGGUAUUGGAGAAGUGGAUUUCCUGACUCUUAUGCCUGGAAAUAAGUCAACAAGAAAAGUGAAAUAUGAUGUUCUUGCUGCAGCAGUUAUUAUAGUGGUGCUCAAAUUAUUGUUUUUAUUAGAUGAUCGCUAUGAAUGGUUACUUUCAGAGUUUGCUGAAGAAAGAAAUAAAAAUAAUACAGAAGGUGCCCAUUAUUUUGAGUUCAAGAGAUGGUAUGAGGUUGUAAAACAUUCCUUGGAUGUGAAGCAAAAGAAAUUGGAUGAAGAAAGGGCCAAGUAUCUGUGGAGAUGUGAAAAGCCAUUGUUUUAUUCAGUCAAGAAAAAAUCUAAAGUUCUAAAGAGAAGACAAAUGGUUGUGAACUUACAAAAUCAGUUUGGCAAGCUGUCUGGUUCAGUGCAACGUGCUAAAAAGCCAAAUCCUUCAAGUUUUCAGUUAAGUUGGUCUGAAGAAAACGCAGAUGGGAGUUGUUUUCACGGGCAUAGCCUGAAGGGAGUCUUGCAAGAAAAAUGUGGUUUACUGACAGCCAUGAACCCUGACUAUUGGCUGUGUACAGUUAAACUAUGUAAUGAGAAGUUGUGUGGUCAUCUGGCUCAUUACAGAGAAGUGGAGUUUCCCCAGAGUUACCAUUUUGUACUAGGGUUGUUCUCCUUUCUUCUGAGGAUUCAGCCCUCUUAUAUCCAUGAUGAGGUGUGUAUGAUAGAGCACAAACUUUUUAAUAAAAAACUCUAUAAAAAACUAAAAUACAACACAGUCCUACGGAAGUAAAAAAGGCCUAAAACCGCGAUGGUUGGAUUCCAAACCAUCGUAUUACAUCCAAACUUGCUCUGAUUCUUCUGUCUCAUGGACAUUUUUUGUUAAGAUAGUAUCUGUCUCAUGGACAUUUUUUGUUAAGAUAGUAGUGCUGAGAUCUGCUACUGUACUUCGGUUUUCGUGUCAUGUUAUCUAUAAUUUGUCACUGAUACUGGGAAGGGAAACUGCCGAGGAAACUGUUAAUUAGCAUUUAUUUCAUACAUUUGCAUCAGAGACAACAGGAAGCUGUGAAAUUACCUUUUUUGGGGCAUAUUUGUACAUGUUUUGAGUGUACUGGACAUAACAGCAUCUAAUUACGUUGUGAGAUUUUGCAAUUAAAAUAUCUAUUUUUUUACCUACCAUUGUAUAACAGUAA